AUGGAGCAACACGCGAAAUCUAAAUCAUUUUCUAACGGUGAUAUCAAAACAGAAAUAUCAUCGCCACAUAAUGGUAAUAAAAUAACGACAGUUAUCUGUUCGCCUAAACUUAAAUAUAUUGCGACAUCGAGUUCGAUCAAGGAAAAGCGAGAUUUUAUGAUUGCAGUGUGGCCAGUUAUUGGUGAAAAAAAUACAUUGCAUCCAGAAUCGAGCGUUACUUUUCGACAAUUUAUUAAUGAUGAUGGUGCUGUAAAUCACAAAUUGCGGUCUGUCUCCGAUAAUCGUUUAGUUGUCGUAGAAUAUACUAGUCAUAAUGAACCUAGUAUACGUGUUUUUGCUUAUGGGUUUACCCACCGUUAUACUAAAUGCUUAAUCGCUAAAUUUGGAAUAUUAAUACCUGCUUGUUAUAAAUACGAAUAUAAAGAAGAUGAGAUUAGAACUCAAUGGAACAUCGAAACUGGAUCUUUUGCGGCUCAGUUGCCUAUGGAUUUUAGGAGCGUAGAAGAUUCUGAUGGCCGUGAUGGUCUUGUUCGAAAUAACGAUAAUACUUUAUUUGCAUCAUAUACGUGUGUAGGAAAGCCUCUAAAGCGAAUCCUUAAUGUUUAUGCUGCCGAAACCGGCGUAAAACUUUUUUCAUAUAAUCAAUAUGGCAUUGAUUUCGUGCGUAGUGGUACACAUUUAUUGGUUCCAUCAUUCACUAAGUAUACAAAAAUCGAUGAUCCGCCGGUUAUCGAUCUUUUAACAUUUAUAGAUCCAUUCUCGUCUAACAGUCCUGUAAAUGUUUCUUUAAAUAAAUCUGCUGAUGAAUUUAAAGUUCCAUUAGAAUUUACUCCUCGAUUGAUAAAUAAAAAUAAGGCUAUUGGAAUAGUAGAUGGACUUGUACAUGUUCGUGAUAUUAUUCAGGAAAAUCAUUCACAAAAGGAUGCUCAUGAUUAUAAUAAGAUCUAUUGGCAAAAUUUUAUGGAAGAAAUAGCUGAUAAUCUUAAAAGCUACUUGGGAUCUAAUAGUUCAAUUACCUCAAACUAUAACAAAGUUUAUUCUGGCAAUAGUAUUACCUGGUCAAUUUUUGACACACAAAAUGGUGAAGAGCUCACUGCAUUCAUUCUCAAUAAGAUUACUUAUUAUUGGGAGCCAGGGUGA